GGAGGAAGAGGAUGAGAAGGAGCGACGUGCGGCGUGCGGCGUGCGGCGUGCGGCGUGCGCUUCGAUUGACAACCCUCGUGUCUGCCCGCCCUCGAGACCGGUUACGUCAAUGCAAAGGGUGAGGCGGGGGCGGAGCGGGGCGCACACCCGCUGCCGCGUGGCCCAUCCGUCCAUCCGCCCUUCGAAGCUCCCCUCGACCUCCACCCCAGCUCGCGACCUCUCUCACCUCUCUGCCAAAACGUCACGGUUAGUCGCAACGAGACGAGACGAGACGAGGAAUGCCUGCUGAUCGCACCAGGAAGCGGAUGACGAGGAGGGAGGAGCACAAGCACGAGCACGAGGAGAGGGGAGAGCAGGCCGUAAGGAGGAGCACGAGGAGCACGAGGAGCACGAAGAGCAAGGCCGGGCGAAUUGGGCAGGGGAAAGAAGAGGAGGAGCGUCCCGCCCCUGCGUCUGGGUCCACGUCAACGUCAACGUCACCUCCCUCUAUCAAGGGGUCGCAGCGCAAGGGCAAGGGCAAAGCAGAAGCAGGAGCGCAACCCGCAACACCAAAGCCAAAAGCAGAGCGCAAAUACCCCACCACCCCCGACGGGCAUUACUUCGUCGUGCGCGGCCGCCUGUGGCGCUGUACCGACCCUUCCCUCUCCCCCUCCUUCGUGACCCACUGGACCAAGCGUUUAAUGGACGCCCGUAGGGACGUCGGCACGCGUGGUCGCAAUGGCGGUGACGUGAGUGAAGCGAGGGCUAGGGUGCAAGAAGCAAAAGAGCAGCUGGGAGAGAGGGGGGAAGAGCCUUGGUGGGUUGCCAAGGGGGAAGGAGGGGAGGUUUGUGAUCGGAAGAUGGUGUGGAAUACUGGGUAUCGGGAUUGGUGGGAGGCCGAGAGUAGCAAGGAAGCGUGACUGCAAUUGUUGGAAGACUUGAGUGCUUGUAUUCUAUCUACCAUUCACAUCGGCGUAGAGGACCCAGCUUCAGUCGACUGCCCCUCUGCGCUGCCCAUGAGAUUCG